AUGCACCUGAAACAGUACAACAGCCAUCUGGAACACUUCAACAACCAUCUUGAACACUGCAACAACCAACUGAAACACUGCAACAACCAUCUGGAACACUGCAACAACCAUCUAAAACACUGCAACAACUAUCUGGAACACUACAACAACCAUCUGAAACACUGCAACAACCAUCUAAAAUACUGCAACAACCAUCCGAAACACUGCGACAACCAUCUGGAACACUGCCAGAACCAUCUGAUUUACUGCAACAACCAUUUGAAACACUUCAACAACCAUCUGAAACUCUGCAACAUCCAUCUCAUACACUGCAACAACCAUCUGAAACACUGCAACAACCAUCUGAAACACUGCAACAACCAUCUGAAACACUGCAAUAACCAUCUGAAAGCCUUGCAAAUAAAAAUGACCGAGGUUCGCUACUACCCCUUAGUCAAGCAUUUGACAACCACUUAA